AUGCGAGCUACAGCAAAACUUUUCCAAGGAUUAUUAACAAGCGUCAGCGCAACGCCCGAGGCACCACUAUCAGCAGAACUUAUACAAUUUAGCCGAUUGAUCAUCGACCAAGCUAAAGAAACCGAACUGCACAAUACAAAGCGAUAUCGCGAGUUAAUAGAAGUGCUGAAACGCCAGCGAACAGAGUUUGCUAAAACUCGAGAGGUUCUCAAGGCGAAAUGGAAAGUGGAUUUAAAACGGAUGGUUGAUGCGGAGAGCGCUCUAUUCAAGGCAAAGUCAGCAUACUUCAAAUGCUGUCAAACAGGCGUUCGACUUAGGGAGGACCUGACUACAGCUCAAGCGACAUUGAAUGAAUCACAGGCGAGUCUACUUGCUGCAGCCACAGCGCCACCGCCUGCCUCAGCACCAGCUGUGAAUGGUGCAUCAUCCGGACACUCAGCUUCGACCAAUGCCAUCUUCGGUUCAACUGAAAAUGGUAUUGAGAAUUGCAAUACCUUCUCUUCCUCCACUUCGGCUUUUACCCCUCAUUCUACUGUAGAUCCGUCUUUGAUGAAUGCUGUCGUGAAACAAAAGGCGAAAGUGGAGAAACUCGAAAAGCAACUCGGUGAUAAUGACAAGAAGGUAAGGCUCAUUCUUCAUGCGUACUUCAUUCUCUCAAACUUUAAUGCGCAUUAA